AUGCAAGUAAGAGUUUUAGAAAUGUCCAUCUUACUUUUGUUGGUAUUUUUCCCAUUGUUUAGUGUAGGACACAGACUAGUGGGUUGUGAGGAUUCUUGGUGCAAGAGUGAUGGUCCCGUCGUUCAUUUCCCAUUCAGACUCAGUCAUCAACCAAAACAUUGUGGCUAUGAUCCUGGCUUUGAACUACACUGUAACAAUAAAAAAGACAUCAUCCUUGAGCUUCCCCCGUCUGUUCACUUAGUUGUUGAAAAGAUUGAUUAUCUCUCACAGAAAAUUCACCUUUAUGAUCCUGACCAGUGCAUAACAGCCAAGCUACCAAAACUGAAUUUGUCACAAUCUAAUUUCAAAAAUAAGUACUAUCCCACAGUCCUAUUCAAUUGUUCUGCACCAUUAGCGGCCAAUCGUGAUUAUGAAUUAGUUCCUUGUCCUGGUUCUUCUGGUUACAAAGUUUAUGCUUUUCCUACGGAUCAUUUCCUCAACUACUACUUCUCUGGGCCUUGCACAAAAAUUCAUCAGUACCCAUACGCAUGGUACACAUUUAGGAAGAACAAACUGCAGCUGAAUUGGUCCAUACCACUCUGUAGGAAAUGUGAGUUCAAAGGAAUGGAUUGUGGUUUCAAGGAUGGAAUAAAGCUAUUGGAAACUCAUUGUUUCAAUCGAACCAAAAAGCUAUUGAACCAAAAAGGUACUAUUUAUAUCUCUUAA